CACAACACACACACACACACACACACACACACACACACACACACACCAAGUUGCUUGGAAGAAAAACUCUAUUAGGUCGAUUACAGAAAAACACAACAGCCGCCUCCUUUAACCUUUCCUCUGUUCCAUAGUUUUUUCUUUUUCUUUUUUUUUUUCUUUUUUUUUUUAAUUUAAUAUUUUUAUUCUGUUUGUGUAAUUUCAUCAAGAAACACUUUGUUUGAUUCUUCCGGGGUCUCCGUGAACACCAUUUAUAGGUUGCAUACACAAUUACCGGCAGCCCCAAAUAUUCACUACUGAUGGCACUAAUUAGAGCUUCAAAUUUUCAUAAUUUAUCUUUUGCAGAUUACGGCAUUCAUCUUUUCUGCCGUUUCUUGGUAUAGAUGAUUCAGUUGUGGCACUAUUAGGCUGCUCUUCUCAUUAGUGCUUCUGAAAAAAAAUGUUACGAGCAAAGAAUCUCGGUACAUUAUCUCAGUCAGCAAGGUCGUUCUUCCUAAGUGGAUCGAGAUGCAGUGCAGCAGACGGAAGUUCGUGCACAUGCUGCGAUGACGAGACUUGUGCUUCUAGAAGACCUCUCGGAGCAAACGUGAAGCACUUGCAAUCGUCGUCCAAAUUAUUGUCGAAGGCUUCUGUCGGAGUCGCUUCACUUACCUCAGUCGAUUCGAUAAAAGAAGCGAAUUCCAAGAAACCCGAAAAUGCCCCUCAGCCACAAGUAGUGCCUACACCCCGUGUACUGAACAGAGCGAACUUUGUUAGUUACGAAGACGACUUCGAUGAAAAGGACAACGUAGUUUAUUCUUCGCCUCCUAUAGCAGACCAUUUCGUUAAGGCGGGUAUGGCUGCAGUAGGUCUUUUGUCCGAUUUAGUGAACUACAGAAUCCCGAUGACAGAUGGCAGCGCGAUGCACAACACGUCUGCGCCUAAUUCUAUGGUCGAUCGUACGAAGACGAUUUCUAAUGUCAGACCUGCAAAUGUUAAGACAUCAAGAAAGGACAAAGCGUACGUAAAACCAUCUUCCGAACCAGUGUCUAGCUACGACACAAAGAGUAGAGCCGAUAGUUCGGGUUUCGGAAAGGGUUUUGUAGCAGCAAAUGAAUCAGAUAAUGCGUCCGAAUUUUUCGUGGAAACCCGCGAGAGGAAAAGGCCGGUUGCUCAAAAAUCGAGAGCUUAUUCGAACAAAUUCGUAGAAGGGAAGUUAGGCGGCAACAAAUCGGAAGUUUUCGCUAAGGAUAUUCGACACACGAAAGUAGUUAUUACUAGACCAGCUCAAGCUAGGCCUUUUUCAACUUCUAGCCCGAUAGUUGAAAGUGUUUCUCGAAUCUUGCACCACCUCCAGUGGGGCCCACCGACAGAGGAAGCUCUUUGUAAGCUCAACUGCACUUUAGACGCGUACCAAGCGAACCAAAUCCUCAAGCAGCUCCAAGACUAUACGGUAGCUCUCGGGUUUUUCUACUGGCUGAAGCGCAAACCAGGGUUCAAGCACGACGGUCACACGUACACAACCAUGGUUGGCAUACUCGGUCGAGCAAGACAAUUCGCUGCUAUCGACAAACUCCUCGAUCAGAUGAUAAAAGACGGGUGCCACCCUAACACAGUCACGUACAACCGAAUAAUCCACAGUUACGGAAGAGCUAACUACUUGCAAGAAGCGGUGAAUGUUUUCAACGAGAUGAGAAAGCUAGGCUGCGAGCCGGACCGUGUUACUUACUGUACGCUCAUCGACAUCCACGCGAAAGCAGGGUACCUAGACGUAGCCAUAGAUAUGUACCAGCGUAUGCAGGAAGCGGGGCUUUCGCCCGAUACGUUCACGUACAGCGUAAUAAUCAACUGCCUCGGCAAAGCGGGACACCUGGCGGCAGCCCACAAGCUCUUCUGCGAGAUGGUCGAUCAGGGCUGCGUCCCGAAUUUAGUCACGUACAAUAUCAUGAUCGCCUUGCACGCAAAGGCGAGGAACUACCAGAGCUCGUUGCAGCUGUACCGCGACAUGCAAAGCGCUGGAUUCCACCCCGAUAAAGUGACGUACAGUAUAGUGAUGGAGGUUCUCGGGCACUGCGGCUACUUGGAAGAAGCGGAGGCGGUUUUCUCGGAGAUGAAGAGGAAGAACUGGGUGCCCGACGAACCGGUUUACGGUCUUCUAGUUGACCUGUGGGGUAAAUCGGGUAACGUGGAGAAGGCGCGCGAGUGGUACCGCGCGAUGCUGAGCGCGGGAUUGUGCCCUAACGUGCCGACGUGCAAUUCGUUACUCAGUGCUUUUCUUAGAGUACACCGCCUUAGAGACGCGUACGAUUUGCUACAGAGCAUGCUGCAGCUAGGUUUAAACCCUUCUCUUCAGACGUAUACGCUGCUUUUAAGCUGCUGUACCGAAGCGCAGACUUCGUUCGAUAUGGGGUUCUGCUGCGAGCUUAUGACGGUGACGGGUCACCCCGCGCAUAAUUUUCUUCUCUCGAUGCCCGCACCGGGCCCCACGGGUCAAAACGUACGCGACCAUGUGGGGAGUUUUCUCGACAUGAUGCACAGCGAGGAUAGGGAGAGUAAACGGGGUUUGGUGGACGCCGUGAUCGACUUCUUCCACAAAACGGGACUGAAGGAGGAGGCAGGGUCCGUUUGGGAGGUGGCGGCGCAGCGGAACGUUUAUCCUGACGCAGUGAGGCGGAAGAGCUCCUCGUAUUGGCUGAUAAACUUGCACGUGAUGUCAGAUGGGACAGCUGUCACCGCCCUAUCGAGGACUCUCGCUUGGUUUAGGAGAGAGAUGAUCGAGACGGGCCUUUGCCCUACGCGCAUUGAUAUUGUGACGGGGUGGGGCAGAAGGAGCCGGGUUACGGGUACGUCGCUCGUGAGGCAGUCGGUUCAAGAAUUGCUGAGUAUGUUCGGGUUUCCGUUUUUUACCGAGAACGGGAAUUCCGGGUGUUUUAUUGGCUGUGGUGAGAGUCUUAAUAGGUGGCUACUUCAGUCUUAUGUAGAGAGGAUGCAUUUGCUGUAGCGUUUUUUUUCGUGUGGGCCCCGGUUUUGUCGUUCGGAGUUUAGUAUAUGUAAUGAAUUUUAUAUAUUUAUUAUUAUUAUUAUUAUUAUGUGUAGGUGAAUUUUUGAUUUUUUUUUUUUUGGCAGGUUUUGAGGUAAUAUUUUGUAGUUUAUUAUAUUUUGAAUUGGAUUUAUUACCUCUUUGAUUUGUUCUAAUGAAUUAGAUGGGUGCCUGAAA